CAGCCAGACUGCGGACCGUCAGGAUUCAGGUCCAAGUUUUCGCGCCGAGCUACGACCGCGCAACGUGCACACCACGCUGCCAGCGACACGAGGGUGCAACCCGGGGUACACGCCACCCGUCCGAGGAUCGGUGCUAGCUAGUGGGGUUGAGGAUCGAUCGGGAUCGUCUUACGGUGAACGCAAGAGACCGAGAUCGGAGGAUCACCGUGGAAUUUACGUAAGGCCAGCAUUCGGCCGCCAGUUCCCAGCGCGAGUGGACAACCCGAGCGACCCGUCCGUCGUCCGUCCGUCCGGCUACGUGGGAAGGAUCCGCCGUAGUCAGGGAGCAGAAGACGGCUGGAAGUAAACCAAGGAAGUUUGUGAUACUUCGGGGGCUGCCGGUGAUCGGCGAGUGUGUGAUUCGAGAGUGAUCAGGGAAUCAGAGCGUAGAGGUGCGUGCGCCGCGCUGCCGGUUCGCUCGGCACGUGGGACGAGAGGAGCGGCACACGAGCACGCUUGACACUUGCCGCGGACUAUCGGUCGAACUUGUCAGCGUACAGUGAGACAGUGAAGCGGGUAGUUCGCGAGUACUGUGGCUGCCCGAUCAUUGUGUCCAUUGACUACUUGUGGCCAGCGAGUAGUGACUGAUCCGAUGGUGUCUGGUCGAGUUGCUGGAUGUUUCCCGGUGGUUGUUCGCUCCCGUGAAAACAAGGGGAUCGACGUCGGGUUUGUUCGUCGUGGAAGGUGACUGUCGAAAAGCCAACAUCGCCGCGAGGGCCACGUGCGGGAGGCGUUAAACGGAGGCGGCAGGUGCGCGGGACAGGUGGUGCGGAGUUAAUUGCACGGCAAUAAACGUAGACGUUAGCCGCGGUAGAUUGAUCGUGUCGGGUUCACUGGCGAGCGGCGACCGUUCGGCGAAGGAACGGGCGAACGGUGUUUCCAAGGUGCGCGAGGCGAUGACACAAGGACACUAAUAAACUCCUAAUUAUCGGUGCUGGUAAUUACGACACGCGCGUGACUGUAGUGUGUUGCCAGCCGCGGGAUUGCGCACGAUAAAACCGGCGGCCCUGUGCGCGUACCGCGGACAAAUAGAAUAAUUAAAAUCGCAUUAAAGGAGCCCGGUUUCCCGCUCCAGCCACUCGCCGUUCGAAGGUGAACGGAGAACGGACGUCGUCGCGCGGGCAUCGUUCCGACGUGCGCGCGCGCGUGCGAGCGGACCACUCGAGAUCUCUCGAGUCGAUCGGCCGAAAUCGGAUCGUCGUUCGCGCACCGCAGGGCCUCCCUUCCGGGUGAUCGAGGUAUCGAGCCGUUUUAUCGGGCACCGAGCAAUCAACUGUUUGCUUGUUAAUCGCUCCUAAUUACUCGCAAUUAGCCGGCGUAAUUAAGUAGGCUGAUGUCACCGGCGGUCGAUGUAUUUGUGAAACGUUUGUUCGUCGACGUCGGCCCGCCAUCGGGACUGUCCGCCGCUGUUCGCCGUUGGUAUAUUAUCGGUGACAAGUGAGAAAGACUGUCAGGACACCGCUUAGGUGGUCGGACGGACUGAGAUAAUAACGAGAUCGGAAGAGGACUUGUUUCUUUUUGGUGCGAGGUUUGACAGAGACGGAUCCGCUGGCACCGCGAACGAGGCUCGGUUCGAUCGAGCAGGUGGCAACGUGCUACGUGUACAAUCGCGGGCGGUACGAACUACGUCAGGACGACGUCCCACGCACAUCAGUUACCGGUCUCCUUAGAUUACGAGUCCCCGGGAUGCAAGACUGACAUGGCGGAGGGUUCAGCCGAGGAGGAACAGAGCAGUACCGCUGCGCCCGCUUCCCCGCCAGCUGAUCUUCGCACUCUGAACACCCAAUUGUCGCCGCCUUAUCACCACCAGCCCCAUCUCCAACCUCGUCUUCAGCAUCUGCAGCAUCCCAACAUGUUGGCGACCGCCGCACCGCCCCGGCACAGCCACAGCAUGCUGUCUCAUCAGGUGAAAACGGAAGUCGAGUUGGACGCUCCCAGCGACGUGCCAUUGAAUCUCAAGAGCGAGGACAGCGAUAGGAGUAGCGCUGGCAGUCCAGAGCCGGCCACAACCAUCGGCUCGCUCUAUGAGAGCCAGAUGAUGAUGGACGAGCUGAAGAACUCGCGGAAGAGGCCUGAAAAUCUACAUCAAGCGAAGCGGGCGGCAAUGGCGCAGGCACAUCUUAAUGGGACAAUGGCCGGCAUGGUGACCCUGCAGAACCUUCAGAAUCUGGCGAGUCUGCAAAACCUGCCGCAAGUCGCCUCGCUAGCCGCGGGUCUCCAGGGAAUGACAGCGGGGCUGACUAACAAUCAGCUCAUCAACACGCCCUUGAAUCUCACUGUCAGCUCAUCCGGUGACACUGUCCCAACAGCCUCGAGUACGACGACUGCGCCGCACCUCCUGCCACCAAGUUCGGCGCCAAUGGCGACAUUACCUCAGCUAUUAUCUCAGCCGCAACCGGUUGCAAUACCUCAAUUCAUCCUAACGUCCGGUCAAUUGGUUCAAGGCAUUCAAGGGGCUCAGCUUCUUAUCCCUACGUCGCAAGGAAUCGCCACGCAGACCAUACUGACCAUCCCGGUCAGCCAUGUCACGAACAAUCAAAUGGUGAACCUCGCGCUGAGCAACGGCCAAGUGGUGUCCACGACCCUGGCCAACCUCCAGUCGAUCGCCCAGCCUCAGACCAUGUUGAACACGCCGACCAGCAACGGUGAUUUCACAGCACCAACAAGUACCAGUUUAGCACCGGGCCUAGGACUAAACCCAGCCGCGCUGUCACACCUUCUGGGCAACAGCUCGGCCAGCCAGCAACUUCUGAACGCGAUACAGCCGCAGCAGUUGCUUCAGGCGGCGCAGGCGGCCCAGGCACAGGCGGCACAGGCGGCACAGGCGGCACAAGCUGCACAAGCGGUCCAGGCCGCUCAGGCCUCCCAGGAGCCGCUCCUGACGACGUCGCCUCAGCAAUAUAGCCAUCGGCACACCUCUCACUUGAAUCACUACACGCCGACGGAGAAGCAUCACAGAGAGAGGCCGGAACAGUCGUCGCCGUUGAACGAGUCCGUGGUGUCCGCGGCGUCUGCGUUGAACCGACUCGCAGCCAGCAACGGCGAGAUCACCAUCACGACGACGCACGGACUCAGUAACACCGGCGGUGUUAUAGCCUCGCCCAGCAGCAUGCACAGUCCCAAGACGGACGAAGACGAUCUGCUCAAGGAUUCGCCCGACCAGCCGACUAUCAACGAAGCCACGAGCAACAUAGUGAACGGCUACAAUCUGGACGAGAUUAAGGAGUUCGCGAAGAUAUUCAAGCUCCACAGAAUGUCGAUGGGUCUGACGCAGACCCAGGUGGGUCAGGCCCUAAGCGUGACCGAGGGGCCGGCUUACAGCCAAAGUGCCAUAUGCAGUGCCCUGGCUACCCAGAUGUAUGCUGCCUCGCAGAUUGCCUCUCAGCAGCAAGUAACAUUCGAAAAGUUGGACAUCACGCCAAAGAGCGCGCAAAAAAUAAAACCGGUCCUCGAGAAGUGGAUGCAAAAGGCUCAAGAGAUGUGA